AUGAAAUUCUUGAUUCUUCGCGGUGUGGACAUUGAACAGCGAAAUAAGGACUUGAAACGAGCUUUGCAUGAGGCAGCUGCUAGUAGUCAUCUAGACUGUGUCAAGCUUCUUCUUUCAAAAAACGCAGAAAUCGACUGUUUGAAGAGAGCGGACUGGUAAACCUUAACCUUAAGCUUACUAACCUUAAAUACAUCCUAACAUCAGUAUCCAUAUUCUCCUUACUGUUCUGUAUACAUUUCUCAAGGUACUGAAAAGGAGAAUUUGUUUAGCAAUUAAGAGCUUCUUUGGUUAGAGAUCAUUUUCUUCAUUCUCCUGACCCAUAUGUUUGACUUGGGAGCAAUAUUGUAAGGAGAAUUACAAAUAAUGUCUGAACAGGAAAAUUUAGUUUCUCAACUGAAUUGGUGAUGUAGGUGGCCGUUGUGAAGAGCCUAUAAAGCUGAUGUUUGGAGUGUUAGCCCUUCGAUAGCUCUUUGCUCUUACAGAGGGCUACUGCUUGAAAUGUGAGCUUUAGAAACUCUUUAACCCUUUAACUCCCAUGAGUGACCAAGACAGAAUUUCUCCUUACAAUACCAAUACAAUAUCAACCAGAUAAGUGAUAAGAAUAAAGAAAAAUAUUAAUUUGGGGAUAAUGAGUUGAUACAAGACUAAAUUCUUGAAAUAACAUUAUAAGAAUUGUAUGGUUGAUAGUAAGGAGAAAAACAAAUUUGAUUUGGGAGUUAAAGGGUUAAAAAGUUUGAAGAGUAUGUGUUCAUGUAAUAUCUUGCAUGCGAUAAAGCCUACCAGUUUUGCUUUUGUUCAUAGAAUGCAUUUUUGAUGGUUUGUCAGUAUAGGACACCAUUGAUGAUGUCUUGCACCAAGAUGAACAUUGAUAUCAUCAGAGAAUUGAUCCAAAGUAGAGCCAACUUGAGACUUGCCAAUAAAGAUGGCUGGAACUGCUUUCAUAUUGCUGCCAGGUAUGUGUAAUAGUAAUAUAAUAAUAAUACUAACAAUAAUAAUAAUAAUGAUACCAGUAAUGAUAAUAUUUAUACAGGAUAACCCUGUCAGUGUUUUGACACUGGUAUCAAUAGAGGUCUUGAAAGUUAAUUUUAGUUUUUACAUUACAAACAGUAAUGGUAUUUUAAAGUAAAAUACUAUAUAAAAUCAAUCUAAAAGAUGUGUUACUAUGGUAUGAUUAGAAAGUCCUUAAUUUCCUUUGAAAAUUUAGGAAAAAGAAUCCAUUGCCUUCAAAUGGCAGGGGGAGGCUGUUGCACUCUUUGGCCCAAAAAACAUGAAGACUUGUAAAUGUGUUAACUACAUUAAUCUAAAAAAAUUCACUACAGCGUGAUUUAAAGGUCCUUAAUUUUCUUUUGAAAAUUCAGUAAAAGAAUCCUUGGCCAUUGAAUGGUGUGGGGAGGCUGUUGUAUUCUUUGCCUUACUGAUCCAGAAAUAAAAAGACUUUACCACAUUAACUAAACAUAGUUAAUGGAGGUGAAAUCAGAGAUUUCAAUACAAGCUGGCUACUGGCUGUCUGCUGCAACCUGUAAGACCUCAAUGCUGUUUGUUUAGCCUGCAAUCAGGCUCUGGUGUGUGGGUUUAGCCUUGCAGCACAGUCAUUACACAGCCUAUUUCACCGUCUGCAGCCCCUUAUGAAAAAGGUUUUUGAAACCUCUGUGCUUCUUAGAACUGUACAAAUGUGUAACAGUUCAGAGAGUGUGGCAUAAGUUUCUUAGGCCAAUCCAUUCUCUCUCUGUUCCACAAAUUAGUUGCAAGAUAGUGGACUAAAGGCUUACAGUUUUCCUUGCACUUUGCCCUUUUGUAGCUUAGAAUACUGCUCAUCUCUUGCAACUGGUAAUGUCCCAAAAGCAAAAUAUCCUAGCACAUUUUCUAACCAAAUGGAAGUUAUUAUUUUAUGUCCACACUUAUUUUACUUUCAUUCACUUUCAUAGGGAAGGGGAUGUAGAAAUUUUGAAUUAUCUUCUUGAUUGUUGCGCUGAUAUUUGGGACAGUUGUAGCAAGAAUGGACGGACACCGCUUCAUACAGCAGGUGACUGGAAUUCACUUUUUCUUUUUUGUCAGAAAUUUGUAAAGAUAUUUUAGCUAAUGGACCCUGGGUUAAAAUCCUUCAAUUCUAAAUUUCCAGCUGUUUCUUGCAAGUUCUGGGUGUUCAGAAAUUAUAGAAGUCUCUACCUAAAUUGUAGUCCUAAAGUUAUUGUAUAUUCAGAUCUAGACCAAUAUGUUUUAGUACACUCAUUUUAAUUAUUUUUUUUUAUGAUAAACCUGUUGUUUUCUAUAUUUACCCUGCACAAUGUUUACUGCUGGAUCACUAAAAAUUGUCUCUAAAUGAUCACAAAAUGAACAUAUGAUAAUUAUUACUUAUAAUGUAAGGGCUAGCCCUCCAACUGAUGCACAUAACUAGUUUUUGUUAAAGCCUUUGUGAUAAUUUCUUAAUACAUUUUUCAGCUCUGCAUGGUAGAGUGGAUGCUGUAAAACUCAUGAUUAGCAGGUGAAUAUACUUUCACAAUCAAACUUACCAAGUUGGUAGCUUCUGGAAAUUUCUUUUGACAGCAAGGAAGUAGCAUAUGCAGAAACUAUUUAUGUCUUGAACACACUCUUGGUAAAGAAUCUUGUUUGUGCUUCAUGCAUUCUCCCCUUGAGCAUGACUUAUGCUUCAUGCUUGCCAAGCACUUGUCCCCAUUUGCUUGUAAAAGGCAAAAAAAAUACACCUGUUCUGCAGGCUAAAGGGCACUUGACCAACUCUUAGGGACAUGUACAUGUAUGUUCAGGUUGUGCUUCAUCAAAAACUCAUUCACAAAAAUAGUUAAUUGGCUGUUUCAGAUGUAGUUACAUACCAGACAGUCCUGACAGUUGUGGCUCAACACCUCUAAUGGAUGCCCUGCGAGCAGGACAUGUGCCAGUAGCAGAGACUCUCAUCAAUGAACACAAGGUACAGUUCACUCUAUGUCUGAAGAAGUAAUUAACAUGUACACUGUUGAAAGUACUCAAUUUAACCAUGAGCACAUGAUGUAAACCAGCAUGAGCAAGAGAGAGAUCACCCACACUUUAGAAAAUCUGCUUUUCUGAUGGUAUUUCAGUUAUGUUCCUGCCUUGCAAGCUAAGAAUUUUCUCAUAGCUAGCAUAUUUUGUGUUAACCCUUUAACUCCCAGAAGUGAUUGACUUGUAAAUUCUCCCUGCAACAUCUGCACAUUAUUCAGCCACCAGGUAAUGAGAGUACUCAAACUUAUUAGGAAGAAGUUACUAUCUUGAUCCAACACCAAAUUCUCGUAACUUAUUUACAAGGAAUUGUGUACCAGUUAGAGGGAAGAAUUAACAGUCAGAUCUUGGGAGUUAAAGGAUUAAGUGCAUGCUCAAAAUUCUGAUUGAGAGUGGGAAGAUACAUAUCUAUUUACAUUUUUGAGCAGUCCUGCAAUGCAACAACUUGUUGAUUGGACAUGCUGUUAGACACAAAUAAAGUCUACCUGUUAGACUAUUCCCUCAGUUCCCAGCUUCUUUGACAUAAAGUGACCUGUAGAGUUACAACUUCAUCAGGAUAGCAUUCUUAUGAGUGUUCUUAAUCUGAGGUUGUAGGUUAUCUCAUGCAUUAGCCCUGCAGUGGCAAGGGGCAUUGUUAGUCUCACAACAAAUUCCAAUGAUCCUGGCUUCAGCUUGGUCCUGGACCACUCAACCUAGAGUCCAGUCAACAAACCACUGGUCCAGGAGAUCGUUAAUGGUGCCUAGGAGUGACAAGGAGUCAAAUAAAUGUUGCUUACCUUUUCCUGAUAUUUUUUUCAUUCUGUGGCAGACAUUAACAAUGAAAUUGCCCCUCAAUCCACCCCUCUCCCCUCCCCCUCUUGGGCCAUCAUAAUUUUAUUGUCGUGUUCUUUUGGUGCAGGCUUCCAUAACUGCCAAGGAUCAGCUUGGCAGACAAGCUAUUCAUUUGGCUUCCCAAGCCGGCUGUAUCAAGUCACUGAAUUUCCUGAUUACAAAGUAUGCUGCAGAUGUCAAUGUAUUUACUGAAAAAUCAAGAAAGACUCCUUUACAUCUGGCUGCCAAGGUAUUGAGGUUUUUCACCCAACAUAAACUGCAGCACCGUUUUCUUCAUCUAGGUAUCUCUACCAACUCUGAUCUAAAUAAAUCUUUUAAGCCCUCAAUGACCUCAUCAUUAUUGUAAAACAUAGGCGUCUGGACCUUCCAAUUAACCAGGGGACAGGAGCAAUCAAGUGAAAGGUAGCAGUCGAGAGAUUGGAGGGGGGGAGAGGCGGGGGGGAACCCUAGAAAAUGUGUAAGAGCGUGGUAAUUGCAAUCGGUAUAAACCCGCCUUCCCAUCCCUCCCCUCAACUAUGUAUUCCAGUUGUUAUCUCACCCAGUCUAGACGGGUGGUUAACAAUGUGUCCUGUAACUUUUCACAGGAUGGUCACGCACAAACUGUACAGUUUUUGCUAGAUAAAGGAGCAGUUAUUAACACGCAGGAUAAGAACGGAAGAACAGGUAAUGUUGGUAUGUCUUUCUCGUUUUGGAUUUUAGUUUUUUAUCCAAGUCUUACUGUUAUUUGGUGAAUUUUGUGGCAGACUUUAAUAAAAUGAGAGGCACAUAAACACCACGUCACAGCAAACAUUGCAAGUUUGCACGGGUUAAAGAAUAUCUAAAGAACUUUUGUGCACCAAAAGUCAGAGCCUCUUUGUGAAGGGUAAAGGAAAAGAAGACCCUAGGUCUUGUUAUUUAGUAAUUAGUGUCCAGUGUUUCCAUUUUAUUGUUUCGAAUCUUUAAUUAAAAUUUCAUUUCUUGGGCGAUGUUCGUGAACAAUACGCAUGGACGUUACAUUUGUCUUUUACAUGAUAAUAUGAUCACAUUCAAAGUGUUUCAUUGUUACACUCAGCCUCCAAUGUAGACAGCGAGUUACUUUGGUAACGCAUUUCCAUGAAAUUUGUUCACUUGAUUUUCAAUAAAAGUGGGUUUGGCACUGAUUUUGUUUACGAUCAUCAACUGACCUUUGAUUUGGAAGAUGGGCAUUGCCAAAUUUUGCUGUAGUAUUCUUUUGAGGGAAACGAUCCAAGUUCAUUCUCAUUCGUUUUAAAUUGAAAUUUGAAGAUAAGUUGGGUUUUAUUGAAAUGAUAAUUCAAGGUAAUACUAUUUUUUCCAAAAACAAUUAUGAUAAUAAAGUAAUUACUUUUAGGCUUUUUAGUUAUUUUUUUUGCAGAGAUUACGGUGUCUAGGUAGAACGUGCCUUAACACUUUUCCUCCUAAGAGUGACCAGCAUCUAAUUUCUCCUUACAAUAUCAACCCUGAAUCACACAUUAAGGUCACAAGUAUAAAGGAAAUGAUCACCAACUUAAGAAGCUCUAGAUUGUUAAAGAAAUUCUCCUUGUCAGCACUCAGGAAAUGUAUAGAGAACCGUAUGGAGAAUAUGCAUGCUGAUGUUAGGGUGUAAAGGGUUAAGAGUUAUUUUUUGUGUAUUCCUAGCUCUCCAUCUCAGCUCAGCGGCCGGCCACGAAGUAUGUGUGGAUAUUCUGUUACGCGUAAAUGAUUUGGAUAGAACCAUAACAGACUGUUCAGGACUGACAGCUGAAGACCUCGCUCUUGAGCCUGCAGUCCGACAAAUGCUCAAAUCUGUGGCAGAAUGAUUGUGGUCCUUAGAAAGAUUUUUCCAGCUGAGUGCUGAAAGCAAUCCAGGAGUGCUUUGGCUUUGCUUCACCGUGCUUUGUGAUUGGUUAAAAAAAUGACGCCACAUUCUCAACCUAUGAGAUGCAGGACUUUGAGGCGAGAUACAGCUAAACUUUUUGAGAGACAAAGUUAUUAUUUUUAGUUGAGGACUGAAAAAUAACAAGACAGCCUCUCAAUUAUUGGAAGGACGGGCAUUUGCCAUACGCAAAAGUGUUUUUGAAUCACCUUGAAAUUGGUCACUAAGAAACCUGGUAUAGACGUUGUUUUUGCGAGUGAUGGCCUUACGAAUUCUCCUUACAAAUAUAGGACGUUUUCAAAGACACAUCACCAGCAUAAAGAAAAUGGUACUGAAAUAUACUGAUGCUAUAGCGAAUAAUAGAAAUGUGCACUCUGUGAUUGGUCGCGAUGUACAUCCUAUCGCACAAGAAUCACCUCGCGCGUGUUGAUAAUAAUACUGAAGCACUCAGUUUCAAAAUAGUCUUUGCACGAGUUUAUGAUGUUCUUAACGAAGAAACGAG